UCUCCCUCCACCAACAAAUCAAAUGCAUAACCUCUAUGCGUACACAAUGACCUUUGAACCUUGUUGACUUAUAUCCAUAUAUCUACAUACCCAUAUACUACACAGCCGUACCAAUCACAAAAUGCCCGACCCAUCCCCCGACCCCACACCAAUCAAACCCACCGCGACAACCCCCGGCUGGAUCCUCCUCGCCCUCUCCAGCGGCGCCUUCGCCGCAUUCAACGGGCUUUUCGCGAAACUAACAACCGACACCCAAACCACCACCUUCGCCGCCUCCCUCCUCAACCUCGUCGGCAGCACCACCACAAACCCCGAUGACCAUCCGAUCUUGAUGCUGGCCAUCCGAGGGAUCUGCCUCGCCCUCAACAUCCUCUGCAACAUCAUCAUGUGGGCGCUGUUCACGCGGGCGCUGACGGCGUCGCCCUCCACCACCAAGGUGUCGAUCACCAACACCUCGGCCAAUUUCCUGGUGACGGCCGUGCUGGGGAUGGUGGUGUUCCGGGAGGCCGUGGGCGGGCUGUGGUGGGUUGGGGCGGCGAUGAUGGGGACGGGUUGUAUUAUUGUGGGGAUGAGGGAGGAAGGGCCUGGGGGG